AUGCUGGGCACCCCUCGCGAGCAUCACGCGAAGAGCGAGGAAUGGCAGGUGCUCGGCGGCAAAGCUGGGGGUGCACAUGCCGAGAUGAUGAUCAACACAGACGGUUCACGCAUAUUGAAGCCGUUGGAUCAGGGGGCGAGGUGUUCCAGCGAGAUUGCAGCUUAUCGAAGCCUUGCUUGUUCGCCCCUGGCACCGUUUCUCUGCAGCUUCCACGGCACUCGGAAAGUUGAAGGUGCAGAGUACAUGGAGCUGAACAGUGCCUACUUCGGCAUGACAGGGCCCACCGCCACACUGGACAUCAAGAUAGGCAAGAAGACCUGGGAGGACCAAGCAGACCCCGCCAAGAUUGCGAAGGAGUCCAAGAAGUUUGAUGAGAUCUAUUCCGCAAGCAGCGCUAUGGAUGGCUUCAGAGUGGCAGGAAUGAAGGCGGGGGACCUGGUGCUAAACUCGACCAACUUGAAGGCACGAUUCAGCCUCAAAACGAAGGAGUUCGGAGACUGGCUGCUCCCCGCAUUCCUGGCCUCAGCACCCGGCUUCGGUGUUGCCAUGAGCUCACCGCACUUCGAGCGAACUCUGCAACAUCGCCCCAUAGGACCUUUGCCCGAGGGCAUGGCCGGCCUGUGCCGCCCAGAUAGCCGAGGUUGCGAAGUUGACAUGGGAGCGGCUGCGGAGAUCCUCGGGAAGCUGAAAGCCAUCAGCACGGCGGCAGAGCAGGGCUUCGGCGGAACUCUCAGAGCAGCCAGCCUUCUCCUAACUCGUGAAAUGAGACAUGGAGGCCGAUGGCAAGUCCAUCUGAUAGAUCUGGCACACUACACAGAGACUGCCGAGAAACGGGACGACAACUUCUGCGAUGGCUUGCAGAAUUUGAUCCGCACAUGGGAAGACUGGUGCGCGGUAGAUGUGCCACAGUCCUGGUACAGUGUUUGCUGCAUUACGCGGAAAUGA